AUGAAAUCUUCUUCUUUAUCGAUAAAGCAACCGACGACGAGAGCCGCCGGUACUGUCGUCGUCUCCGAUGAAAAAGAAGAAGAAGAAGAAGAACUCGUAACAACGCCCACGCGAGGAAAAAGAUUUUUCCAUCGACGCUCGAGCGAAGAUGGCGGUGAAAACACGAAAUCAUCCUUUCGCGAUCGCUUCACUUCGUUGAGUCGAACGAGCGAGGAUGGUAACGAGAGCGAAUACAGCGGAUUUGGUAGCGAAAGAGGAAAGCAUCAUCAUCAUCGUCCCAAGACGAAAGAGAGCGGGAAAUACGCGGAACCGAACGAGGAAGAACGAAAACGAAUGGAAUAUUUAAAAGAGCAAUUGGUGAAACACGAGAUGAUAUUGCCAAAAACGAUGACGAUACCGGAGUUGGGCGGCGAGGAGAGGACGCUUCUGAGAUUCGUUCGAGCGAGGACGAAAGGGAAGGAGUUGGCGUGGGAAAUGUUACGGAACACACUGAAAUGGAGGAAAAAAUGGCACGUGGACGAGUGCUUAGAGCGGUCGUUCUUAGAGAACGAGAAGCUGUACGAUAUAGUGUGCUCGCAAAACUCUUUUUACGUCGGUCACGGGAAGUUUGGACACCCGAUUUAUUUCGACAACGUGACGAAUAUGCCUUGGAAGCAAAUACUGAGCGAAUUCGACGACGUGGACACGUUUCUUCGGACUCAAAUCCAAACAAUGGAGUGGCAGCAAGAGUUCGUGUUUAAGCCAGCGUCAGAGAGAGUCGGGUAUCCCAUCACGCAAGUGAUUAACAUUUGGAACUUGCGAGGCAUGACUUUGGGCUUAUUCACGAGCGAAAUCAAAGCGGUGACGAAAAAAGCCAUGCAGUUAUCCCAGGACAACUACCCGGAAAGUCUCUACCAAUCUUACAUCAUCAACGCUCCCACCAUAUUCACCGUCAUCUGGUCCAUUAUUAAACUCUUCCUAGAUGUGAAAACGAGGAAUAAAGUCCACAUCAUGGGUCACGGCAAACACGUCUUUGACCAACUGCAGAAAAAACUCGGCCCGAACUCCUUACUCACCGCGGAGAUGGUCCAAUCGAAAUUCAAAGACAUCGGCGUCGUCGAGCGGAAGCUCGGAUUUGAAUCCGCGCACAAGAAGUCCCAAGAUUACAUCCGAAAAAAGUUACGCGAGAAAAACCAACCGUUCUAUCCCUCUCACUCCGUUCUCGAGAAGCGAAAAGAAGAGCUGGAACAAUUCGACGAGGAGGAGUUCUUCGACGCGAGCGACGAGCACUGGUGGACGAAAAGCGAGAAGGAAAUCAAGGAGAAAUGUUUUAGCUGUUUUAGUUGCUUCACUAAGAAGCGAGUUAAUGAGUUGCCUUAA